UUUAAGGAGGCAAGAUAAAAGAUAUUUUGUAGCUUUAUUCAUCCAUAUACAGUAUGUACAGUAUUAGUAACAAGGGGAACCCACCAACCUCCUUGUAAUCUCCUAAAUUUCAUUUUCAUCUUCCUUUUUCCAUUCUCCCUUUAUUGCAUAUUUUCAGAAGUUCUUAUAUCCUUACCCACUGUCUUUUUUCUCUUCACCUCCCCUUCCCUUCUGUUCCAUUCCCUGGUGAUGGCACAGAAUUAUCAACAACAAGCUUUUGACGGCUGAGGAUGAAGCCCGAAUCAACCAGGUACAGGCCAGGUCAUUAGCAGCAGGCAUGGCCGCCGUGCCCCGCCAAGCCCGGGUGUUGAACCUGAGACCAAGCCAGAGUGAGGGCAGUGUCAUUCCUCCUGUCCACUACCCCAACUUCUACUCCCAACACUACCACAGCAAAGAGCGGUCUGGUGUGGUGGCUGAGGAUUCUUUUGAAGAGGACAAUGCUUCUGCUUCAUCUGAGCAGGUCAGAAGGUGGAUAGCAGCAGUACUAGUAGCAGACUGGUGUUACCUUGAUGCUGCUGCUACAUUGCAUUAUUUGCAUAGUUUUUUCAGUUGUCAUGGACUUUGUGUAAUAUGUAUAAAAGUAUAUGAAGCUCAAGAAACUUGUUGAUAAGGUUUAUGUUCAGCAUACAAAUUGUAGGAUGCAAAGACAAGGAUUGAAAUAUCA